AUGUCUCUCAAGCAAUCAGUGAGUCUUUUACAGUGCAAAAAUGGCGUAAACUCCAUCAAGCAAAGAGCCAGUUCAUGGUGGUCAGGGGUACAAAUGGGCCCCCCUGAUGCAAUCUUAGGAGUAACAGAGGCUUUCAAACGUGAUACCAAUCCUAACAAAAUCAACCUGGGAGUGGGAGCUUACAGGGAUGACAAUGGAAAACCCUAUAUCCUCUCAUGUGUCCGUAAAGCAGAAGCCCAGAUUAAAGAGAACAACUUGGAUAAAGAGUAUGCCCCUAUUGCUGGUAUUGCUGAGUUCUGUAAGCGCAGUAUUGAAUUAGCUCUAGGUGAAGGAUCAGAUGUCCUGGUGAAUGGUUUGAAUGCUACAGUCCAAGGUAUUUCUGGAACAGGGUCAUUGAGGAUAGGAGGGGCUUUCCUCAAUGGGUUCUUCCCAGGGAAUAAGACAAUUUAUUUACCAAGUCCUUCUUGGGGAAACCAUACACCUAUUUUCAAACACUCUGGGUUAGAGGUCAAGUCUUACAGGUACUAUGAUCCUAAGACUUGUGGGUUGGAUUUCCAAGGGGCUCUAGAUGAUAUUUCGUUGAUUCCAGAAAAAUCUAUAAUUCUGUUACAUGCUUGUGCUCACAAUCCUACUGGUGUUGAUCCAACCAAGGAACAAUGGCUGGAAUUGUCAAAUGUGAUAAAAAAGAAAAAUCUUUUUGUCUUUUUUGAUAUGGCCUAUCAAGGUUUUGCCACAGGCAGUGUAGAUAAUGAUGCCUUUGCUGUCAGACAUUUUGUUAAAGAAGGUCACCGCAUUGCCCUAGCUCAAAGUUUUGCAAAAAACAUGGGUUUGUAUGGUGAAAGAGCUGGUGCUUUCUCCAUCAUAGCAAAUGACAAACAAGAAGCAGACAAGGUGAUGUCACAAAUCAAGAUCCUCAUCAGACCAUUGUAUUCAAACCCUCCUAUCAAUGGAGCCAGAAUUGUGGCACAAAUUUUGAGUGACCCCAAUUUGAGAAAUGAAUGGUUACCUGAAGUGAAAGGUAUGGCUGACAGAAUCAUCUCUGUGCGAACUCAAUUGAGGGAGAACUUGAAAAAAGAAGGUUCUUCACACAACUGGGAACAUAUCACCAAUCAAAUUGGAAUGUUCUGUUUCACUGGAAUGAAGCCAGACCAAGUUGAAAAAUUGACCAAAGAACAUAGUGUGUAUUUAACAAAAGAUGGGCGCAUCUCCAUGGCCGGUGUAACGUCCAAAAAUGUUGAAUACCUCGCUCAUGCUAUGCACCAAGCUACAAAAUAA